AUGAGUGAGGGACGAAUGGAAUCAGAAGAGAGGGAGCGUCGGGACGAGGAGAUGAUUGCACGAGAACGUGGAAAGCGUGGUGGGAGCCAUGGAGCGUCUGAAGGCAAUUUAGGAGGUCAGGAGGAGGAGCAUCGCGAUCUUUCGAACACCAGAAGGGCCAGUGCAAGCAGUAGCCGAGUUGAUGAAAGCCUUCAACAAGGUAACAGGGACCGCAACGAUGCUGGCGAUGAGUGCAAUGGCAGCGAAAGAAGGUUCGGCAGCCAACGCCGUAGCGGCAGUGGAGCUCGCCCACGACAGCGAGGAGGAGAUACAGACACACUGUAUAUCAGCAAUCUUCCUCUCCGGUGCGGGGCUCUAGAGCUGCGCCGCAUCUUCGAGGAGGUCGGGGAAGUGCAGGACUGCAGGAUUGUGAACAACCCGGUUUCUAGGGAGUCUCGUGGCUUUGCGUUUUUGUCGUUUGUGGAUCCGAGUCGUGCCGCGGUGGCGAUAGAACGGUUCGACAACAAGUUUAUCUUUGGUGAAGAGUUCAGACCUGUGCGAGUCGAAAGGGCGAAGCGCAACAAGCCUCACAAUCCGACACCUGGCUUCUACAAAGGGCCGCCUGGUGCCAGUAUCAAGUAUGACAAGUCGGGAAGGUUGAAGCCCGGGUUUCUGCCGUACUACGCUGUAGCCCCUGGGGCUUCUCGCGACUUCAUUCCCCCCCAUCCCUUCGGAAUGGAAUUCGGCUCGGGAGCACGUGGCCAUUCGGGUGGACGGUGGGCUGACGAACGUGGCUGGAGCGCGCGAGGCGGCUACGACUCCGGAGGCCGUUACUACGACCGCAUGGAAUACUCGGCGCAUGGCAGACCUCCUAUGGACUUUAGGGGUGCUAAUCCUGGAGACUUCCCGUACGACAUGCGCAUGGAAAGAGGAUACGACAUGAGGCCCAGCCGCGGCAGCGGCUACGACACCCGGGGUGGCCCCCCCUAUGAGCGCGGAGCGCCAAUGUAUGAUGCCAGGGGCUAUGACCGCGGUGGCUAUGAGGGCAAGUGGCAGCAGUACGACGACACAAGGGGCGACGGCAGGUAUGUUGGGUAUUGUGAUUACUACGGAGGAAAUGGCGCCUCGGGGGCUGCGUACGAUAUCAACCCUCGAGUAGACAGCCGGGAUGUCAAGGCAGUCGGCAGAGAGCGUUCACGAUCGAGGGGACGCCGCGAACGUCGAAGAUCGGCAUCGCCGGAGCGUCAUCAUCGCGCAGGCCGCAGAUGA